UCGAAUCGUUGAAAGGACAAAGCAGAACUGACUACUCCGCACAAAACUUACCACCUUUCUCACUCCAAUACAUAUGGACUAGAUUCUCUCUUUUCCCGUAGUGAAACCAAAUCCACAAGCUCCUUUUCAUCACUCCUCUCAUAUUAGACCCACCCUCACACACCAAAACCGGAUCAACUCCUCUCAUAAACACAACAAUCAAUCUUUUCUUCCCAUGUGAAUAAACAACGCACCACCAAGAACACACUUCCGCCAUGAGCCAGUGCGUUCCCAGCUGGGACGUCGACGACAACCCACCACCCCCAAGACUCUCCCUUCGCUCCAACUCCAGUUCCACUGCCCCUGAUGUCCCCAUGUUAGACUACGAGGUUGCGGAGCUGACUUGGGAAAAUGGGCAACUUUCUAUGCAUGGCUUAGGGCUACCGCGUGUGCCGGUGAAGCUUCCAACAAUCGCCGCCAAUAAGUACACAUGGGAGAAGCCUCGUGCCGGUGGCACCUUGGAGUCCAUAGUGAACCAAGCCACGAGCUUACCGCACCGUGGAAAGCCAACGCUGAACGGCGACGGCGGCGUGUACGGGAACUUCCUGGUGCCGUGGUUAGACCCUCACGCCGCGACGGCGAACACGGUGACGAUGGACGCAUUGGUGCCGUGCUCGAAGCGGGAGCAGAGCAAGCAGGGCAUGGAGUCCGUCCCCAGCACGUGCAUGGUGGGGUGCUCCACACGUGUGGGGUCGUGCUGCGGCAACCACGGUGCGAAGGGACAGGAGAUGAGUGGGAGGGAUCAGAGCGUGAGUGGCAGUGCCACGUUCGGGAGGGAUAGCAAGCACGUGACCCUUGACACGUGCGACAGAGAACUUGGUGUGGCUUUCACUUCCACCUCUAUCAACUCUCUCGAUAACACCAGCUCCGCUAAGCACUGCACCAAGACCACCACCGUCGACGACCACGAUUCUGUUUCCCACAGUAAACCAGUGGGUGAAAACGGGGAGGACGAGAAGAAAAAGAGAGGAAAUGGAAAAUCGUCGGUGUCUACUAAAAGGAGCAGAGCAGCGGCUAUACACAACCAAUCUGAAAGGAAAAGGAGGGAUAAGAUUAACCAAAGAAUGAAGACAUUGCAAAAGUUGGUCCCAAAUUCCAGCAAGACUGAUAAAGCUUCAAUGUUGGAUGAGGUGAUAGAGUAUUUGAAGCAGUUGCAAGCACAGGUGCAAAUGAUGAAUAGAAUCAACAUGUCAUCGAUGAUGCUGCCAUUGACCAUGCAACAACAGCUUCAAAUGUCUAUGAUGUCUCCGAUGGGCAUGGGAUUAGGGAUGGGAAUGGGGAUGGGGAUGGGAAUGGGGAUGGAAAUGAACUCCAUGAAUCGUGCUAACAUCCCUGCCAUCCCUCCAGUCCUUCACCCUUCUGCCUUCAUGCCGAUGGCGGCGUCGUGGGAUGCCGCUGUCGCUGGAGGUGGUGACCGAUUUCAAGGGAAUCCGGCCACCGUGAUGCCUGACCCUCUGUCCACACUUUUUGGAUGCCAAUCACAGCCGAUGAACAUGGAUGCCUACAGUAGACUUGCUGCGAUGUAUCAGCAGCUGCACCAGCCUCCAGUUUCUGGUUCCAAGAACUGAGCUAGCUUCUGGGUAGUAUUCUUCUGGUGUGAUAGUGUUGAGCUACAAACAAGAAUGUCCAUACUUAUUCUUUGUGAGAAUUUUAAAUGUGUAUAUUAGCUCCAAAGCAAGCGAAUAGCACUAUAGAUAUACACACUCUUUUCUUAUUUGGGGUUAGGAAGUUGUUAAGAUUAGGUGGCUUUCUUGGUUAUUUUACCAUCAUAUGUAUGUUCAUACCAUUGCAACUUGUAUAACGUCUUUUGCUAUUUUAUUGAAUAACGGCUUUGGUCUGAUUCACACCA